GAACACGUGUGUGUGUGUACCGUCAUCGUGACUCUGUGUUUUUGUAUCCGGAUCACUUCCGGGAACAUUAACGGAGCUGAUAGCAUGUAGCUUAGCCGCUAACACAGCUAACACAGCUAACAAGGAGUUUAGUGUUUUUAUUAAGUUUGUUUGAUCAGUUCAGGGAUUCAAGUUCAUUUCUUUGUUUCCAUGUGUCUCGUGUGUGUCGAGCAUCAAACCAGGAACCACUUCCCCGAACUAAGUAUGGAGAACUACAGUAAAGCUCGAACGUCGGAGCAGCCCUCGGUCUGUCCGUUCCCCGGCCUCACCCCCGACACGCCAGAGGUCCGGGUCAAAGACGGCAGCAAGAUCCGCAACCUACUGCGCUACGCCCUGAGCCGCAUGGAGGCCAAGUCCAGAGCAGCUGAAGAGACGGGAUGCCCGGUGCCAGAGGAGGGAGGCGUGGCUGUGGAGGGACAACAGGAAGCACCGGUCCAGCCCCUCUGCAAACAGAUCAUCUUCACGGCGAGUGGUAAAGGCGUCUCCAAAGCCAUCACCUGCGCUGAGAUCGUGAAGCGGCGCGUGAAGGGGCUCCACCAGCUCACCCGGCUGCUGUACAGCACCGUGGUUGAGGUGUGGGAGCCGCUGGAGCCUGCCGCCGGCCUCGACAGUCUGACUGUCAACAGGAACCUGCCCGCCAUCUGGAUCCUCCUCUCCAGAGAACCGACGGACUGUGGCCAGCCCGGGUACCAGGCACCCGGGCGAUACGACGCCCUGUGGGUUCAGUCUGCAAACAGGGAGGAGGGGGGCGGCAUCCCCGCACAGAGACCAGGACACAGGAGGAAGAGAGGGGGAGGAGGCGGCGAAGGCAGCAGUGGAGGCCGAGGCAGAGGAAAGAGCCCCGGACGUAAGACUGGACGAUCCAGAGAUGCAGCUAAAUGAUGUCGAUUUUCAAAAACUGCAUGAACAGAAAGACUGAAACGCAGAAGUAGCAGGAAGUGACAUCAGUGAUGCUUUAUCGGCAGGAAACACGUCCAAACUACAGGAAGUCGACAUGGUCACAAAGAACAGUCAAAAGUUUGGUUCAAUGAACUCAACGUUUCAGUUGAUUAUUAUUUUAUUUGCUGACUGACUUUAAUUUUCAUUCUUGGAAACCGAAGCGAACUCGUUCAAAAGCUCUGGAUCAAGUUAGUAAAUUACCUGAGUUGAGGUCGUUUUGACGCCAGUUUUUAGUUUCAGAGUUGGAAGAAAGAUCUAAAUUGUGAAGUCUGGGAUGUUAAAGCUUUUACUCAGUGAAACAAUGAAAAGCCGAUGGAACGUGAAGCCGUCGUCAGUCACAGUCGACUGUGACAGAUCAAAUCAAACUCUGGUGAAUUCUCAGCAGGAAUCAAGUUAAUGAGCUAAACAAUCUCUUAAAGCAGAAAUCUGAAAAACAUUUCUUCGACCUUCAGCUUUUAGCUGGUGUUUAAAAAUGUUCAUAUGAUGCAGAUCAUUGUUAAACUGUUCUAAUGGUUUCCUGCUCUUGUUUCCUGUCUGUUGAAAUGUUUGUACAGUAACAGACUGUGCCUGAAAAUAACAAGUUCUGUUUAUUAAAGUUGUUUUUUUAAUCCUGAAA